UCCUCAAAAAACUCGUACAGCCAACUUGAUUAGUCUAUUAAAAUGUCGUGAAACAAUCGAACUUUUUGGCUUCCCAAUCGAGGUGUAGCGGAAGCUCCUUGCCCACCCUCAGGACUCGGCAAACCCGACAAUCCCCGAGCCCGCUCCGAACGGAAACGCCGCGUUCACGAACCGAACACAACAGUUGAGAACGAAAGAUCGCACCAUUACUACGUCUCGUUCAUGCGAAAAGUUAUUCUCUUCGUCACACUUUAUUGUGACUGCAAGUGGAGUGAAACUUUAACUUAAAAAAGUUACAUUGAGAACAUUCAAAGCGUAUUGUGUUCAUAAUUGUCGGAUACCACCUCAAGAACGUUCCGGUUUUGUUUGUUUGACAGCGUCGCCGAUGCACUAAUUGCUGUUUGUGGAGCAAGUUCAAGAUGGCGUAAAUCACGGCGAAGAUGCGGUGGUUCAAGAAAGGCGAGCCGCCUCGGCUGCUCGCCGUCUCGCCGGAGACCGAACCGCGGUCUACGCGGAGAUCCAGAAUCGAUCUGUCUCCAGUGCGCUACAGCAAUCGAAAAAGUAGCAGCAGCUCGGUGGAAACAAACUUUUACAAUCUCAGCGACCAAAUCAUUAUCGUCGAGAAGUCCCCGCAUCGGUGCCAUAGAGGCGGCGAGACUCCGGUCACCCGCCGCAUAUCGCUACAAAACGGGCCCACCUCACCACAGGACGGCUAUAAUGAAACUCGUAAAAACCGUGGAGGCUCUUUGGAAAAAGAGUAUACCGUAUAUCGCGAAAAGCGAAACCCGUUGCUUGACAAAGUAAAGAACACCAAGCUAUCAUGCUUCAAGUCUAAUGGGCCAUUACGACACGCGGAAGAUGCUGCGUCAACCUCAGGAAGUGACUGCAGCGGAUUUGGCCACGUCGAGGACGCAAACCAUUGCCGCUACGCGGGCAAUUACUCUGAGGCUCACAUAGAAUUCGAAAACCAAAACCCUUGGGUAAAAAUGCCAAAUUAUGACGACGAUGUUUUCUUCGCCAAAGGCAUGACUAGUCCUAUUGAAAACCAAUGGAGGGAAGGCAAAUCGUUUACUAAUCGAGGUGCGAGAUGUUAUAGUUCGGGCUCUGAAUGCGACCGUUACCACGCAAUACCUAAAGUAGGAGCUAAGCUAUCAAAAUCCAGUGACCAAAUUUUCAAUGACGACUAUGAACCUUAUGACGAUGCACCAGUGGCAAUGAAAUCUCAUAACAUGAGCAAGACUGAUAAAUAUAAGAAUAAUAAACCCGACAAAGAUACUAUCGGCCCCAGUUCCUGCUUAUCGGCUAAAUUAAGAGCAAUGUCAGAUCGGUAUUUAAAAUCGUCGACUAAUAAGUUCCUUUCAAAAUUAUACCGACCGAAUGGCGAAAACGAGGACGAAGUAAAUGGAAGCAACGAUAACAUUUUAAAAUCCAGUGGUUCUAGUAAAAGCAGGAAGAAAAGAGGUGGGGUGAAAGCAAAACUACGUAGUUUUUCUUAUGGAGCUUUGCCUGGCUUGGACGAGUUCCAAAAAACUAGCACAUCUGUGUUCCAUGAUGACGUUUACCAAGUUUCAUGUGAUGAUGAAAACGUUUUAAUUCAAGACUGUGAAGAUGCUGACUCUGGAAUCCUAGUCAAUGAAUCUGCAGCAUCUUCAAUUUUUGACAGUGAUAGAAUCUCUUCCCGAUGUGAAAGUUCUGCUUCACAUAUUAAUCCUUUAGCGCCGUGUCAUGGUAGGAGCGUUUCUGGUGAUCAAAGCUACCCUAAACCGAGAUCAUCAGGGAGGUUGAGUAGAGAAAGAAUAAGUGAUCAUCCUAAACCAAGACCACGACAUACCCAAAGAGCUUUAUCGUUAGAUCGCAAAGAGAUACUUAGGCGUAUGCCAAAGAAUAAUAGUAAUAGUGAUUACGCAGAACCACAAUACUUACAACUUACUGAAAAACAAAAGAUGCGGCAGAGAGAUGCUAGUUUGGGAGAUACGGGAAUCCCGCCAAUACCACCUUGCAGGAAACCAUCAAGAGGAGGAAAAGCAGAUAAAGGGCAGUCUGAAUUUAAAGUUGUUAGAAUAAUGAGAAGAAAUCCAUCGGACGAAAUGGGAAUAUUCAUCGCUAAAACAAAACUGUCUGAUGAAGGUCACGUAGGCUACUUAGUUGCUCACGUCGUUCCUGGAGGUUUAGCUGAAAAAGAAGGCACGUUGCGCAUUGGGGACGAGUUGCUCAAUGUGAACGGACGCCGACUCCGGGACCUGACGAUGGCUGAGGCGAAAGACGCGUUGAAAUCGGGAUCAUCAGAAAUAGACAUCGUCAUCUGCAGACAGCGAGAAAAAUCAGUGGAGUCCAGACAGAGAAACGUCAUCCUCAUGCGCGAGAGUUCGGUCGACUACGAGAACGCAAUAAUUUUAGGAAAGGAAAAACGUGUUGAUAAAUAUGACGUCAGGAUAGACCGUCGGCGGUCGCAGGAUGAGUCGGCUUGUAAUCGCAGCGCGCUAUCUGCGGACGAGCCGGCCGACAGCGCGGCCAACUCGCAUUCACAUUUCCUCAAGGGCCAGAACGCGAGUUACAGCAGCAUGAAUAACAAACUGCUGCGGCGGCAAGUGGUGAGCUACGGCGGGGCUAACAAAGACGGACUGGCGCUCAGUUGUGCGGGCGAUAUCGUGGACGUGGACGUGCCGGACUGUGCCACGGAUAGAUAUAAGGACAGACAGGACUGUGACAGUGAUAUACAAACGCCGAAUGCCGCGAAUUUCUGCACAUUGCCAAGACGGCCGCGGGCGCCGACGCACACUUACCACACGAUCACGUUUGAGAAGGGACACGGGAAGAAACCGCUUGGAUUCACUAUUGUUGGUGGACGUGACUCUCCCCGGGGACCGCUCGGCAUCUUCAUAAAAAGCAUCCUACCCCAGGGGCAAGCGAUCGACGAUGGCAGAUUAAAAGCAGGAGACGAAGUGCUGGCGGUGAACGGUCAGGCGUGCCAUGAGUUAGCGCAUGUGGAAGCGUUACAACUCUUCAAGUCUGUGAGAAGCGGGUCUAUUGAAUUGAGGGUCUGCAGGCGAGUGAAGAAUUCCCAGUCAACCAAAGCAAAAUCCUGCACAGAUCUUCUGAAUGACGAGGAAUAACUAGCGUUAAAAAAACGAUUGCAUGAUUUUUAAACUUGCAUGAAAAAAUCUUCUAUUCUAUUGGAUGUUAUUUAUUUUAUUUCUACUCAAUCUGAACUGUUUUUAUAGUUAUGAAAUACUUCUGAAAUGAUUCUAUCUAGCUUUAAGAUUUCCGGGACAGUAUGACAUUCGAUAUCGUGAUCGUUUCGCUAAAUCUAUAUCGAAUGUCAUAUUGUACAGAAUGCACUGAUUGUCCUGUUUCUAAGUUAGUAGGUGACUAAUGUAAAAAAGAUUUUAUAGACAUGAUUGUCAUUUCAACAACUAGAAGAUAAAACUAUUGGAAUAUUAAUUGUAUAAUAAUCAUAGUAGAUAAAAAAACUUCAUCAAUAGCACCUAAAUAGGUAUUUUAAUGUUAAUUGUAAUCAGUUAUUUAGCUAUUGACGUGCCAUUCGAGUUAAUAAUAAUUUUUAUUUCAAAAUCUUUGUGAAAAUACUGAAACUGUACCUGAUUUUUUCUUUUCUUCAUUUUCGUGUCGCUCAUUAGUCCAUACCUAAACUAAAAUCCCAAAGAUAAGAAAUAGGUGUUUUAAUACUUCUAAUUUAUCUGCUUUACUGAGAUAAUGUCACUACAUUAUUCCAAAUAUCAAGUCUUAUUAGAACAGAUAUUUGGUAAAAUUGGUAUAACUCAAGUGCAGUCAGCGUCAAACAUUAGUUCGUGACACUCAAAAUGGUAAAAAAGUUCACAACACAACCUUAAUCCAAUGAGGGCUAUCGUUUUUAAACUUAACAGUUGGCACCCCUGGCGAUUGACAGGACCUUACUCUACAGUGGCGCCAUCUUGAUGAGUGCAAAUGCGAUAGUCCUCCUACCACUUUAGCACUCACCAGUUGGUGCCACUGUCUUCGCUACUAGCAAGUGACAGGACCUUACUCUACAGUGGCGCAAACUGGUGAGCGCUAAAACGAUAGCCCUCAUUGUAACAAAGAAGUGUUGUGAACUUUUUGGAUACUUCGGGUGUCACGAACAAUUUGAAGCUGACUGUUCGUUAUGAACUAAAAUACUUUUUGUUUGGAAUAGUGUAUGUUGCUUAUAGUUUUUCAUAGUUUCUUCUACUGUAAUCUAUGAUAAAAUAGUCGACAAAGAUGAGACUGAUCUUCUAAUUUAUUUCAAACAUGGCAGGUUUUAUACCUUUUAAAGUCGUGUGUUUGUGGACUAUUUUAACUAAAACACUAUAUUUUAAUCAUGUUAUAUUUGUGUAUCUAAUGUACUUGUAGUAUCAAACUUUAAAAGUCUGGUUUCUAGUUUCUAGGUAGUUCAGCAUGAAUGUGUAGCAUGUUUAGGAAUAGUUUAUGUGCAAUAAGAUUUUAUGAUAAUGCUUUAAAUGUAAAAAAAUAUUUUAGCAAUGAUCUGUCUACUGUGAUAGUUCUUGUUGAUUCGUUGCGACUUGAUAAAUCAAACGGGAUGUUGAAAAGUUUUAUAGCAUGUUAAAAAAUGUUUUUAAUAUUCCAUUACUUUCAUUGACUGCUUGUGAAUAAUUGCACUAAAUGAUCAUGGUAACUAUCGCUAUACAUUUUUUUAAUUGAUAAUUCGCUGUCUGCAUAAAAAAUUAAAAAUCAUAUUGUUCGAACUAUUUAUACCAUUGCUUGAUGACCUCCUUUUAGACAUAAUAAUAACCACGUUUAAUUGACGAAUCAAGCUUAGCACUGUGGCAACUUAUGUAGGUAGUUCUAAUAAAAACGAUUUUGCAACUAAAAUGAACUUAAUGCGCUGGCGACUCUACUAUCGUAAUAAAAAAUGUGAUAGACAUUUCAUUGAAUUGUUUUGUUAAAAGGUGUAAGUGUAAAGAAAUUUUUAAACCAUUUUUCCCAGUGAUUACGAUUCUCAUUCUGUUAUGUGUCUCAAAUAUAUGGAAUUUUAAAGUAGGAAUACCAACAGUAGAUUAAAUACAAGUUAAACUCGGUUUCACGAGUAAAUUGUAAUAAAGUGUAAAAUCAAUCGUAUACUUGUAGUUAUUUCAUUUAUUUUUUAGUCUGCAUUGUUUUAAUUAUUAUACAUAUCAUAAAUUUAUUGUAAUCCUAAGUAGGCAUAUUGUAAUGAUAUCUUUAAUUGUUCAAAAUUAAAAUAUUGGGAAUUAA